UGCCGACCGACCCUUGCGGGAUUGAGGUGGACGUAGGAUCUGGCUGGCCCGAAGACGGGUUCCUAUUAUUUGCGGAUCAUGACUCGCCCGCUUCCAAGUUCAUCUCCCAUCGGCCACCUCUGUGGGACACAAACUCGGACUCGACGGUCGACGUCGUCCGCGGCUGGAUACGUGAAUGCGGCUCGCACCAUCAUUGCCUCGCCAGGAACAAAUCAUCAUCGGGGUCCCCGAAGCGUCUCCUUAACGUUGGUAGCGCCUCCAUUUCCCCAAGUAUUAGGGUUGUGGAAAUCACGCACCCAGAGCCCGGACCAGAGUACGUCGCCCUUAGCUACUGCUGGGGCGACGCGGCAAAACACGCGCAACUCCGAACUCUCAAGUCAAACGCCGACCAGCAUCGGGCCGGAAUUGACUUCUUGUCACUGCCGAAAACAAUCCAGGAUGCCGUCACGCUCUGUAAGCGCCUUAGCGUCCGCCACCUUUGGGUCGACGCGCUCUGUAUGAUCCAGGAUGAUGACGACGACCGCAAUGCCGAAAUCGCCGCCAUGGGCGAUAUCUACGCCCAAGCUAACUUCACCAUCGCGGCGGCCUGCGCCGCCGGCUGCACAGACGGUUUCCUGGGGAAGCAAAUCAAGCCUUUGUUCCAGGCUCCCGUUCCUGGCCUUGGCAGCGAGAUGACGGAGGCCUGUUGGUGUCCGCUGUCGAGCUACCAGGAGAUAAACGACGAGCAUCUCCACAAAAGGGGCUGGACGUUCCAGGAAGCCAUCUUAUCAUCCCGCCUGCUCAUCUUCUCCUCCUGGCAGCCAUACCGGGUGUGCCGCGAAGCGACCUGGAACGGAGGCGGGCCUUCCCGUGAGGACUAUCUGUCAGCCGUGUGUUUGGGCGAGAUACUGAAAUCUUCCGAAUUGCUGGCUGGGGCCGCAGGCGCUUCCGAUUGUGAUGCAGUCGCCGACGACCCCGCAUUGCGGUGGGCUUCGGUGGUCGGCGACUAUUCGUCCAGGCUACUUUCCGUCCUGGAUGACAAGCUGCUCGCCAUCCAUUCCAUUAAGGAGCUGUACCGAGGUGGAAAACCCUAUCUUGUGGGCAUGUGGCUGGAGAACUUGGCCAUGGAGCUGCUUUGGGCCACGGAAGAAAAACAUAAGCGGACAAACGGCGAGGUAGCGAGGCUCGGGUUUGUUUACGACCAUGGCCAGAUCACAAGCUACCCGUCAUGGUCGCGGCUCUGGUUCGACGGCAGCAUAUCCCCCCGGUGGGUGCGGAAGGCCCUGGAAAGCAGGGCUCGUCUCAAGGAGGCCUUCGCAAGCCGCAUAACUAUCUUGAGGAGUCCAGGGACAGACAUGUUUGGGAGGAUAUUCCCGGGCGAGCACCUUCGAAUCCGCUGCCCGGUAAAGCGCGUCCUCGUUAAUUUCGGGUACCGCCCAGGUCCCCCGGAGCUGAUUGACGGCCGCCGCCGGCUCCAAAGCUGCUACGACGCCGGCUUGUGGGACGCAGCGAGGGGAAGGUAUCGCGUUGAUAUGACGAAAGAGGGCGUCCGCAACGAGGAGAUCAUUGGCUCCGCCGUGAUUGACUACUCGUUCCCGUAUAAUAAGCACGACGAGCCGCUCGCACCAGCACUCGCUGAGCUCGACUAUGAGGAGAGCCACACUACUGCUCCUCGUCUGCUGGACUGCGCCCUGGUUGCCUCAACCCAAGCUAGCAGCUGGUUUCUCCUAAAGCCCGAUGAGAGAAAGGCCGCGACCCAGGCGGGUAGUUACGAGAUAGUAUAUGGGGUUUUAGUAGCCGAAGAGGCUGGGUCGAAUGGGGCGCGGAUAUGCCAUGUCGGCUUGUUCAUUGGGGACACGGGCAAAGCUCCAUUUUUUCAGGAUGCGGAAGAGAGAGAAUUCGAUUUUGUAUAGGAGUUUGGAAACCCCACGAUAUAUGAAGCGUUAUACGCAACCCAAAGGAGGUCGAUCGAGCGACGGGGGUGGGUCGGGCGGAAUGGCUGGCCUUGCUCAUGAU